AUGCAAGCCAACACCGACGACUGGGCGCUGCGCACCAAUUUACAGUUGUGUGGGUCUGUGUCUCCCCCCACGUAUGCAGAUCUGCGUACAGCUGCUCAUUUGCAGACUUUUGACGUAUGUGACGGUGGCGCAGCACUCUGGAGCGAUAGCGGUAAGAUCUUCCUCGUGAAAGUGCUCCACCAGAGCAAACAAGCCAAACCAUUUAAGGAUCAGAUACUGAAACACGUGACUCUCGAUCCACCGCUGCAACCUCACGAAGCUGCAGAAGUAGAGCAAAUCAAGCUCAAUGCUAGUGGCUCUCAAGCUUUGCUGGUGGCCAAGAGUUGGCUUAAGGUUGUACGGCUUCCCGCUAAGAACGAGUAUAAGCAAUCGAGUCGACGACGCGAGACAGAGAAUGCUAGCCAACGACUUAUUGUAAGAUUUGAAGAUGACAGCGAGCAGGAAAUCACGCUUAAAAAGAAUGGAGUGAAGGAUCAGGAAAAUAUCACUGAGCAGGUCAAGCAGCACGUGUCGGCAGGAAGCAAGCGCGUGGCUUUUGUGUCGCGCGAAGUGUCUGUGGUAGCUGUAAGAAGUGUGGGCUACUUUGGUAAAAUCCGACACGCUGCGUGGCACCCGCUAAGCGACACGCAUAUCAUUGUUAUGUCCGAUGCAGAGGAGAUCGAAGUGUUUAACACGCAACAGGACGUAUCCAAGGCUGAGCAACGCCAUCGACUAGAUUUUCCCGCGAAGGCUCGUGUGGCAGGGGCAUUUUCAUCAUGUUUCUGCUUUGGUGCUUCAAUUCAGCUUCAGCAUCAGCAGUCAGUGCAAAUGCAGAGGCCACAGCUUUGGGACGCUUUUACGUGUUACGUGUUGCGGUCGGAUGGCGCUGUGUACGCACUCUGCCCUUUGGUGCCCUAUGAAUGUUGUGUCAGUAAGGCAUUCCUUCAAGAUUUAGGUACAGAAGUAGACGCACAGAUCGCUUUGUGCAAGCAGAAAGUAGAAACUGCUGGAAGUGUUGUUGGAAUGCAAACCCGGCUUGCCGAGCUCAAGUCGCAAAAGUAUUGGCUGCAGGAAGGGUGGGCACCGGUGUCGGCUCAGGUGCGGCGCAACAGUUCUCGCUCCGGUGUACGUAAGUAUGACAAUGCGUUUGCGGAAAUCUUCUGCUUCUUAGGUCCUCAUAUGAGCGGCAUAUCGCCUGAUACGUGGCCGCUCGCUUUACAGGGACCUGUCGAGGUCUUUCCUCAGUCGAAUGUGGAGCGCAAAAACCAAAAGCUGGAAAAAACGUCCGCGGCGUCGCUACUUUCAGUGCCGUUGGCCUCGCGCAACAUAGUCGAAAAACGCGCUGCAAGCAUGUCUCCGUUCUUGAUGCGCACAUUCACAUCGGGUCACGUUGAGCUUAUUUUGCUAGAUGCUCCCAUCAGGCCACAGUGGCGAAGUAGUCGUCAACCUGCAGCUGCCAAUGCCGUGCGCAAAUAUCCGGCACUACUGCUUGAGUGUCUGAACAUUGGUAUAGACAAUAUUGGAGGCAAGGCUGUACUUGAACGUGACGAUGCUGACCCGCGAUUAGUCUACUGUCUGCACUCAACUGGCGUGCAUGUGAUUAAUGUGAGCUGGGUAUUUGCUCUGGCCUCAGGCAAGCAAUUUACAACGCUACCAAAAAGCUCUGUUCGUCCGAUUUUUAGCGUAUCCCCUGGCUCAUCGUCUUCUUUAUCAACUACUCACACUGCGGUGUCAAAUAUUGUUGGCGCCCGGGUUGUGAAGAAUGUGGACUUCGGACACUUACUACUACUAAGGCUUGCAUCUGGCAACUUCGAAGUCAUCAAUAUUAGUGCCGCAUCGAGUGAAUUGCUUAAGGGGGUAUUCGUGAACAGUCCGGAUGAUCUUAAUUUUCGAAAGACGUUGCCCGACACAUUAGCUUCAAUGGCAUCGCGAGGACCUCUCACAGCUUCCAGUAGCAACUCGACGGUAGGUGAUGUACGCUCAUUUGGAGAGAUUGUUGAGGAGAAGUUAGAGAUUCUUAGUGCCCGUGGCACGAGAGUCACAGGUAAAACGCUGAUGCAUGAGGUGGAUGACGCUGUGGUUGCGUUUGUCAUUGAGAGAAUUAAAGUUUUGUAUGAAGACGUGGAGUAUGUCGACGAGAUGGAUCAGCUGAUACGCGAUCGUCUCCAUUUACUUACGACGAUGGUUCAAACACAGAGCGAAAAAGUUGUCGUAGUACAGAAGAAUGUGGAUGAGGCUCGUUUGAUGAUGAAGAAGCUUGAGGACAAGAUGGAACGCGCAUUAGUUGUGCAGAAAAAUUUAAGUAAGCGUGCCGCUGCAGUUCUUCAGGCAGUGAAAGAGAAUCAACCCCGACUAUCUCGUGCAGAGCGUGAAUUCAAGAGUGAAUUAGAUCGGAUGGCGAUAGAAGUACGUCGCCUCAAGCCUCGAGUAGCAGAGUUGACUGUGGAGUGCCAGCGCGCUGUGCGAUCGCUUGAGACCAAAACACUUUCCGCAUCCUCUUCCCGUCCGUACUGGAAUUCUCUUGGUGGUGCUAGCUCUUCUGGGAUCACAAGCGAAAAGAAAAAAAUAUGCUACGAUGUUCUUCGGGCGGAGACGCAGUUGAUCGACGAUACGAAAAUUUUGCUGGAAAAUUUAAGUGCAAAUGUACAGCAUUUAAAGGAGUAA